AAGAUUCGGUUUCGGCAUGUGUUUUGAAGCCUCAUUCGCAUCUAAUCACUGCGCAGAACGUUUACGAUUGUCGUACAGUCGUGAGCUAAAAGGUAGCAACACUUUUUUCUUGAUGAGUUUCUGAACGCGCACCUUUAACGAGAGAUGAGAACGACUGCAUCCAUCGAGUUUUGCGCGCAACGUCAAACCAUGUCAAACGUUCGUAUCCAAGGUGUACGACAUAAGAUUCGAUCGGCUUUGGUCUAAUUAAUAAUUUAAGCUUAAUUAGACCAAAUAAUAAAGUCAUAUAAUAAACUCCGUACAAAUCUCAAGGCAAUUUAUGAAUGCAGCGAAAGAUUUGGAUUUGCAUAAGCUUGUUACAGAAGAGACCAAACUUGAAUAUAUUAGGCUCGUGUGUCAAAUGAAAAUGACUGAAACAAUUCGUAAGCAGUUAAAUGUAUUCUUGGAAGGCUUUUAUGAUAUUAUACCUAAACGACUGAUUUCCAUAUUUAAUGAACAAGAAUUUGACUUAUUAGUCAUCUUGCCUUAUGUAGAUAUCGAAAAUCUUGUAGCAAAUACUGAACAUCAUAAAUACACUGAUUCAAUGGUUCUAGUGUAUUACAUAGUUUUGAUCAAUCGGAUCGUGCGAAGUUCUUACAAUUCGUUACGUCCAAAGUGUCGUUACAAGAUUUUGCUGUGUUAGAAGGCAUGAAUUGCAUAUAAAAGUUCCAAAUUCACAGAGAAGAUAGGUCAACAGACAAACUUCCAUCUGCACAUACUCGAUAAGUAUCUGAAGAAAGAAAUUUUUGUAAUACUUUCUCAUAUGCGUGUUUAAGCUGAAAUUAAAUCGAUAUAAAAGUGGGCUAAAACUGUAUUCUCUAAUUGCAGUUUCAAUCAAUUGGAUCUGCCAGUGUACGAGACGUAUGAUAAACUUUAUACAAAUCUACUUAUGAAUGCAGCGAAAGAUUUGGAUUUGCAUAAGCUUGUUGGAACGCUAUUGUCAUAUAAUAUGUAGCAUUAAUAAUAAGUAUGAGUAUAAUAAUAACUUAUUCCACAAAUAACUUUAUUAUUAAAUAAUAUGAUAUUGACAAUAGAAAUACAAACUAAUACUAAAAUUUU